GUGUGAUCUAUGUAAACACGACACCGCGUUGUGAGCACUAUACCAUUUCAAAAGACGAAUUGAAACUACACAUGGAUCAACAUGGUUUCAAGGUUCCUGUUCUUGAUGAUGCUUUACCUUGGAUAGUACAGAAGACAAACAUUGUCACCAAGUUUCAUGAUUAUUUCUCUUCGUGUUUGUCGAACUUUCAAAGCAAUAUGGAUGUUGAUCGGUGCUUCAAUGAUCUUCUGUAAGUGUUUUCAGUUAAAUUGAUUUAGCAUUUUGCUAAUAUUGUGUCCUCACUUGUUGACAGGUGCAUUUCAUCUGUGUUGGUAUUACAAAAACGCGUAACUUGAAAAAAAGUUGACCCAGGACAAAAUAUUGUUGCCGCGGUGGAAUCAUUCUUACCUACUAUGAAGGAGUUGGAUGCUGGCGAAAUUGGCGAAUCCGAAUUGGCUUGUUCAAUUGUUCAUCCCCUUAUCCAAUCAUUACUUGCAUAUGAAAUGGAUGAGAAGAUGGCUAAAUGUACGAAUACCAUCUUUGAAAUCGGCACGGAUGUAGGACGACGAUCCGAUUAUGAAGUUACCAUCUACGAACAAUACCAACCAUCCUUUCGUACAUGCUUUGGGGAACUGAAGGAUGAAGGAUCAUCAGAUGUAUCGACAAUUAUGGAUUUUUACCGUUUGGGAGUGUUUGCAAAACUGGAGAUCGUCACCAGCAAUUUGACCGGUGUGUUGUGCUUUCAAGCCCUUGGAACAACAAUCACAUUCUAUGCACUAACACACCCUCACCCUCGUAUCUAUACGUUCACUGAACUUGCGACAGUUACCAUACCCAAGGCAAAGAAUGACAUAAUGUCUGUGAUAAGCGCCCUUGAUGACCUCUUCAAAAUUGCCGUAUACCACCGUACAGUAUCGAAGGUCCCCAUGACAAAUGCUCAGCUACCGACGUUGCCAUUUGAAUCUGUACAAGGAAAACGAAAAUCUCUUCCUAUAAAACGACGACAAUCUUUGGGAUCCAUUUCGAACAGGAAAUUGUAACUGUUUUUUAUUUUCUAGUUUUCCAUACCAAUCGUAUCGGUCGCCAUUGGUCGAUCGUAUCAAUAAAAACAAUGCAGUAACAUGUAUUCCUUCUUAUUCUCCUUGUCAAUUCAGGUGUGCUCGUUAAGUGUAUUGAUUGACGGCAAAAGUGCUUUUGACCAAGCUGACUCAAUCCUCGCUUGGUUACUUUUCAUCAAACAUAACCACGAUGAAAUGGACAAACAUGCACAUAUGGAAGGUCGCUAUAUAGUCAUGGAUAAUGCACCC